GAAUCUUACCACUCAUUUGCAGGGAGAUCUUGACGGGAGUAUUUCGUACUUUGUUGUCCAUACAAUAGAUUCCCUUGCCAAGUUACUCAGAUAUCCCGUUAAUACACUGACAACAGUCAAAUGCUUCUCAAUGUUCAGGCUUCGAAGUAUCCCGCAGCAUACGCAUGACGUUUAAUUGGAUCUCGAAGGCCUCGAGGGCUGCGUGUGAGCCGUAACCUCCCCUUCUCACAUGGCUCUCGAGAACACUUAAGCCGGAAACCAUUUGCAUCAAUGGGUCAUCGCACGACGGGUUAUGGGAAACGUGCUAAAGUUCUUAUGCGAAGAGCGAAUUCUUCAUAUGUUGUCUCUCGUUGUCUCGUAGUGCAACAUGCCUGCUAUUAUGCCUACGGCGGUUAAGUUUGCCUUUGCUUUUGCUGUGUUCGCCGUCCUCGUCGCUCUGCCUUUCACUUGCGGAAAAUCGACGUUGCACGUUGAACGUGAUGACAACCUUCCCGCUAGAGUUCCUUAUGUCUUCCCCGCUCCCGGUACCGAUAAGGUUGCAGAUAUGAUCCGUUCUCGCAGAACGAAUGGCACCUUGCUUGACCUCGAUGGUGUCCUACUCAAUGACCAAAACCUCGCCUCGACUUGGAGCGACCUUGCUGGUAUGAUCAGAGACCAAAAUGCUAUUCCCGCCAACAUGCGAGAGCUAUUUAUCCUCCGCACGGGAGUCCUUAAUGACGCCGCUUACGUCUGGCUACAACACGAAUCAGUUGCUCGCUCUGUUGGCUUCACCACCGCUCAACUGCGGGAGAUUCGUUUUCGACCAGCUUUCGCCCACCAAGCACUUCCUUCUACACCUCUCAAUAGCUCGCAAAACGCUGCCAUGCUCCUCGCCGAUUUCAUGACAAAGAACGUGAACGUGCCUCAACCGGUGUUUGAUGGUUUGAAGAAGUUCUUGAACAAUCAGCAGAUGGUCGAUGCCGUAGCGACGGUGGGGGUGUACAACCUUGUUUCUCGAUUCGUGGAGGCCUUGAAUGUGGAUGAUAAGAUGGACGUUCCGGUCCCAGUUCCGCAAUAAGUCUGGAUGUCGUCGUCGGUAAUACGAUUGUUUUUCAUAAUGACGUUUAUUCCUUAAAUGGGACGUGUUUCGCGAGAUCUUGAGCCUUCAACCCAAGUCCGAGGAGAGCAAAUAUAUAAGGACUCCCGGU